UGUGAGUCCUUGUGGGCGGGGCUUCUCGGGGAGUAGGGCGUGAGCGAGCGUCUGGGGGGCGCGCCUGCUGCGACGUUGCGGAGGCUUCAAGAUGGCGGAAGCCCUGACAACUCAGGAGCAGCUGGCUGUGGAGGAGUUCCUGGGUGAGGUGCGUAGCAGGGAGCAGCCUCAAAGCGCCGGGCUCGUGUCCCACUCUACAGCUGUAAAGUUUCUCAUGGCCCGCAAGUUUGACGUCUCCAGAGCCAUCUGCCUCUUCCAAGCAUACAAGAACACCAGAAUCAAAGAGGGCAUCAUCAAUAUCAACCCCGACGAGGAGCCCUUGCGCUCCGAGCUGCUGAGUGGCAAAUUCACAGUCUUGCCCGGCCGUGAUGCGAAGGGUGCCGCUCUAGCGCUCUUCACAGCUCGCCUCCAUCGGCCGGACGUCACUUCCCACAAAGCUGUGCUGCAGGCCAUCAUCUAUCAGCUGGACAAAGCCAUAGAGAGUGCGCAAACUCAAAAAGACGGACUCAUAUUUAUCUACGACAUGACCAACUCCAGCUAUGGCAACUUUGACUACGAGCUCUGCGUCAAGAUCCUCAAUUUGCUGAAGGGGGCGUUUCCAGCUCGUCUAAAAUGUGUCUUCAUUGUGUCGUCGCCUCUAUGGUUCCGAGCCCCUUUCGCCGUCCUCCGCCUGUUUGUGCGCGAGAAGCUGAGAGAGCGGGUGUGCACAGUGAAAGCUCACGAGUUGGCCACUCACAUCCCCGUCUCCUCCCUCCCCGAGCACCUGGACGGGACGUCCCAGUACAACCACGUGGCGUGGAUCCAGUCGUGCGUCAACGCGCACACAGACAACGCUCCAGGCGACGCGCGAGAUCACGACGCGCGCGAUUGCGUGGGAAGCCUUCUGCGCUCUUACAGCUUGGAGAGCAGCAACGCGGGGGCCACGCCCCCCCGCGCCCACAUCGCCACGCAGCUCGGUUCGGAGUUAGCCGUGGCUAACUCAAACUGCUACGAUGACGGCAACGCCAACUUGCACAACCACUGCGGUGUUUCUGAGGGCAGGACUCAGUACCCAGCGAGCCCGCAGUCUGCCGCCAACGGGCCGCAGGGGAACCAUCAGCAUUGGAACGGCUCCGCGGUGAGCGGGACCGGCGGCUCGAGCCCUAACGUCAACAUGAAUGGCCGUGGCCGGCCAGCCCCGCCGCAGUCUGACACGCCCCCCGACACGCCGCUCUCCCAGGACAUGGUCGAUGGGGAGGUGGCGCGCUCCGCCGCCGGGUCUCAGAGUGAGGAGGAGGAGGAAGAGGAGGAUGGCGAGGAGGAAGGGGAAGAAGGGGUCCCACCGUUGCCCCAGAAGUCGUUGCCUCGCACUGCCCAACAGCCGCCCUCCCAGUCGCCGCCCCUGUCCUCGUCGUGGGGCCCCGAAGACGAGGACAAUGGCGUGGAAGUGUCCAUUCACGUGCCAGAGCAGGGGGGCAUGACGGUGCACGACCUGGUGGAGCACGUGAAGAGACAGAAGAAGAAGGGGAUUUACCAGGAGUACGAGGAGAUCCGGAAGGAGCCGCCAGCCGGCCCCUUUGAUUACUCCAAAAAACUGUCCAAUCAGAUAAAGAACCGGUACAGCGAUGUCCUCUGCCUCGACCAGUCACGGGUGCGGCUCUGCCAGCUCUGUGAUGACGAGGACGAGACAUCCGAUUACAUCAAUGCCAGCUUCAUGGACGGAUACAAGAGGAGAAACGCCUACAUCGCCACUCAGGGUCCUUUGCCAAAAACAUUUUGUGACUUCUGGCGCAUGGUGUGGGAACAGAUGGUACUUCUCAUCGUGAUGACAACCCGCGUGGUGGAGCGCGGCCGGGUCAAGUGUGGUCAGUACUGGCCUCUGGAGGAGGGCCGGACCGAGCAGCACGGACACUUCCUGGUCAGGAACACGCACGUCCAGGCGUUCCAGGACUUCAAGCUCUCCCAUCUGGAACUAUACAACACACAGUCUGGAGAGCGACGGGACGUCCUCCACUACCUCUACGUCAGCUGGCCGGACUUCGGCGUGCCCAAAAGUGCUUCGGCCAUGUUGGACUUCCGUGAACACGUCCUGCAGAGGAGGGAGGCUGCAGUCAAGAGCCUUGGCUCCAGUUGGACGGGGCCUCCGGGGGGCCCCCCUGUGGUCGUGCACUGCAGUGCCGGCAUCGGCCGCACAGGCACGUUCUGCACCCUGGACAUCUGCCUGUCCCGGCUGGAGGACAUCGCCACGGUAGAUAUCCGGCAGACGGUGCGGCGCAUGCGCACGCAGAGAGCGUUCAGCAUCCAGACCUGGGACCAGUACUACUUCUGCUACACGGCGGUCAUCGAGUACGCCCAGCGCCACGGGAAGCUGAGCCCGGUGCAGUGGUCGGACUCCGACCUCGAGACGGACAGCGAGUGAGGGAGGGAGGAGCCGCGGCCCGCCGGAGUCAUGGGAGGACGUUUUGGGUGACUCUUCUGCCGUAAGAGGAGAGACCAAAGGAGGGACAUCUCUGUUGUGGAUCGUGAUGUGAUCAUACAGACUCCCACGGCUGCUCCUCCUGCUCAACGGAUCCACGGGGAGGGGGAAGAGUUCAAAACAGACAGGGAGUGGAGACUGCGUGUCACAUCAACGUUUUGAGUAAUGGUGCGUUCACACCAAAAGCGAAGCGAAUUAUUUGCGCGAGUAGAUUCAAAUUAAGCAAAAUAACACGCUUUACUCGCGCGAGUGAACUGGAGCGAAUAGUCGCUUUGCUUUUGGCGUGAACGGGCCGUAAGCUGUCCUGCCAAUUUCCGAGCCCCUUUUUAUUUAGCAAACUACGGGGCCUGAACCUGUCUUGUUGACAAGAGAGUUGUACACGUUGUAGCAUUUUUAUAUUUACUUGCACAUGAGGAAUGACAAACUUGAUCUUUAACCCCUGAAGCCCUCCAAACCCUUUUCAUCUGUUUUAUUUCUUGCCCCCUUUUUAAUGAGGUGUUUCAAACUUAAAGCUCUUUUUAUUUUUGGGAAAUGUUUUAUUUGUGAGCAGAUGGUCCUACAUGACAGAAAGAAGAUCAGCGUGAGCCAAUAAGUCCAUUUCCCUUUUAUCUCCAUCCUUUUUAUUUUUCCUUUCUAUGGUGCAUUUUCUACGUGUUUCAUAUCUGUAAACUAACCUUUCAAAGCCAAAGUUCUCUCCCUGAAUGCUUGGAUGUACUCCUUACUGAGAUAUUAUAGACUGAAGCUUGUGUACAGUGCCGUGAAAAAGUAUUUGACUCAUUCCGCGUUUCUUUUUACAUAUUCGUGUUUACACUUGUUGAACGUUUUGAAUGUUUUAGAUCAUCAAAUUUCAGUAUUGGACAAAGACAAGCUGAGUAACUGAAAAAUGCUGUUUUUAAAAGUGAUUUAAUUUAUCACGGGAAAGAAGCUACCCAAACCUACCUGUGAAAAAGUCAUUCCAGCUUCAGGACCUGGACCACUUGCCGUCAGUGAUGGAACCACGAUUUCUGCUUUCUGCCAGAAUAUCCCGAAGGAGAACGUCUGGCCAUCCGUUUGUGACCGUGACCCCGUUACCUGAACCAUUUAAGUGUGACAAAUUAGAAACCAGGACAGGGGCGAAUCCUUUUCACACAGCACUGUAUAUUCCUGUAACAUUUAUUGUGCAUAAUAACCUCAGAGAAGAGCAAAGGGGGAAAAAAGCCUUGUUUAAUAGAAUUGAAGAAAUAUCCAUGCAGCGAGCUGUGGCAAAAUACACCCGUUCUGUCUGGCACUCAAACUGAUACCGUAUUGCAAAUCGCUGUGUUUGUCGGGUCCAACAUCAUCGUUACUGUCCGAGCGUUCUGAUUGGACGAUCCCAAGUAAUUGGGCCUUAACGUGAUUCACUGCCUCGUCGCUCUAAGACCUAAACCGUACCUGUAAUGUUUUAGCCCCUCUUCUUUCCAAUCAUACUCCUGGAUUCCACAACCAUAGUUUUUUUUUUUAACUUUUCAUUCAUGAGGCAUGUCCUGCCUUAGAUGACUGUGCCUUGAAGUUGUCCUCGACUUAGCGUCCCGCUGGUAUAGUGGUGACACUAGCGCGGGACGUCCACACUGCCUAUCGUGCUGCGCGUGGUGCGUUGCUCACCCGUCCCGGGGAAGUCGUGAGUAACAUCUGGGACGAGCUCCGGUCCGACACGUGGCUGUUGUUUUAUGGUUUGACCUCAGGGGGUAAUUCUAGUGUUUAGUUGCCUGGUGUCAAAGAUCUGUUUCUGGGUUUGCCUCUGGUAAGUUAUGGUUUAAGUAAAAAAAGAAAACAAAAGAAAAAAAAUAUAUAUUGGAUUUAUUUUGUAUUUUUUACUGUAUUGUAUCCUCCUAUAUUUAUGUCUUUGUAAAGCUUCUACAAUAUCUAAAUCGGUGAAUGUUGGUACGACGCGAUGGAGAAAAACAAAGUCAUAGCAUUUGAUAAGCUGAACAAAUCAGACGGAGGGGUGAUAUAUAUUUUUUUGUUUUUUGUUUUUCACAAUGAGGUUUUGGUGCAAAAUGUCACUUGCCGUUGUAUUUUGAGAACCGAUUUGUACGACUGGUGAUUGUUCCUCUAACGUAGGCGACGGGGUUUAGUCCAUCAUGUUUUGAACACAGGUUAUUAAACGCAGUAACAUUUACAUUAACUUGUGAUGCUAAGGGAGGAGCAAAACGGAGCCAUCGGGAGUAUAAAACUUAAGAAAUCCCCAGAAGAAGAUUGUCAUUUCUGUUCACAAAACCCCGGCUUUAGUAAAAAGAGCAUGGGUAUAGAUAGAAUGGUUUACGAGCAUGCGAAACGAGCCUUGAAUGUUUUAUCUCUGGGGGCCACUUUAGUCAGGAUGGACACGGUUGGUGAACGUGGAGCCGUCGCAUCCUGCCCGUCUCUCAUCCACAGCAGCCUCACUAGCAUGGACCUACCAGUGCAGCCUUGCAUCCGGAUAUGAAUAAGAACACUUUACUAAAGACCUUUUGUUAUUUUUGUUAACCGUUGGUCAUUUAAUGUUCCUUUUUUUAAAGUUCUCGUGAUUGAAUUCUGGCCUUUUACACGCUGUCGGCCCGGCUGCCCCAUUAAAGCAACGGUGUUCCCAUCACGGCCGA